AUGUUUCAUUUAGUAUUCUUAAUUAUCAUUAGCUAUAUAGCUUAUCCACAAACCACGUUUUAAUUGGAAGGCCCUUUGCCGUUGAAUAUUGAUUGUAAAAUAUCAAGUUCAAGUAAGUAUAUUUCAAAAAGUUAUAAGUUGAAAAUGGAUUAAUUGGAAAUCAAUACUUUUAUAAUUAUAUGACUAAAAACGGAACCCUUUUAUCUUUGGAUAAGAUCACAUUUCAUAUGUGGAUGCAAUUUCAUUCAGAAUUAAAAUCUGAUGCAAGAUAAAUUAUAUUUUGUUUUUUUGAUGGCAAUAAAUCUGUAUGAAUUUUUAUAUAUUUAGAAUAUAAAUGUGAUGCUGUAUUUUAGAAUAGAAAAUGAUCUCACCUAUUUGUAUUUUGAAAACAAAAUAUAAAAAUUCAAUUCUACCAUUAGGCAAUAUAUUAAUAGGUAAAUAUCAUUUUAAAUUAUAAGACAACUCAAAGUAUGGAAUCAUCUAUUAGUUUCAAUAGAUAAAAGUACCGAAAAUACAUUUAUUAAUCUUAAAUUUUUUACUGUUACUGAUAAUCCUUAAUUAUUUCAGUCUACUGAAACCUUAACAAAUUAAAAGUAUAUAUUCUCUUAAAUUUUAGGAUACCAUAUAAUUUUGGUUCCCGCUCAAGAAUUACAAAUGAAAAAAUUACAGAAAAAGAUAUCAAGGCUUGCAUAAAUAUUGCAAAUUUUUAUUAUAUUAAUGGGUGGGCAACUAUGGAUACAGAGUUCUAUUUUGAUUUUGAUUUACAACUUAAAUUUGCAUUAAAACCAUAUUCAUAGAAUGGAAUAAUUGUAAGUAAUAUAUUUUCUGACAUUGUUUUGAGAAAGUAGACAGAAUAUAUUGAAUAUAGUGGGAGUAUUGGGAUAAAUUUGUAUAAAAAUACAUAAAUAGUUUAUAAUUUUAUUGAAUAAUUGCCAACUUUAACAAUAAUUUUUUGGGUGAAACCUUAAAAUAUCCUAUCUUCAUUUUAAUUUUUAUCAUUUACAGAUGAUGUAUUAUAAGAAACAAGUAUAGGUUUUGGAGUUAAUAAGUUUUAUAAUCUUCUGUUUUACUAAAUUUAUAAUAAAACCCCAGUCUGUAAUUUAACUUAGAAUAUAUGGAAUCAUGUUACAAUUGGAAUUUUGGAUAUUAGUUUUGAUGAUGAUUUUGAAUAACUAAAUUAAAGGAAAUUAAUGAGAAUUUUUAUCGAUAAUGUUUAAAGAAACUUAACUGUUAUAACAAACAUUAAGCCAUAUAAAAGAUUAGUUUUAGGACCUGUAUUUUUGGAUGAUUAAGGAUUAGAAAUAAUUGAUAUUUAAGAUAUAAAAAUUUUUAAAGGAUUUGGAAUCAGAUAAACUUUAAAUCAUGAUUGUUUGAUAUUUGUAGGCGAUUAUUGUGCAUUUUGUAAAUCAGGCACUCAUUAUUGUAAAGAAUAAGAUCCUAAUGAUGAUACAAAAGUCUAUCCUUGUCCAGCAGGAUAUAAAGAAUAAUAAAAUAGCUGCUCCAAAAUAAUCAUUCCAAAUUGUCUCAGAUUGUCAUCAUCUUCAUUAUCAUGUGAUAUUUGUGAAUAAAAUUAUGCAUUAAUGAAUGGUUAAUGCAUAUAAAACAGUGUAAUUUUAUCUUCUCCAUUCAAAUGUUCUGAUUAAAAUGCACAAUUUUGCUCAUUCAACUAAACUUUAAAUGUUCUAAGCAAUACUUUAGAUGAAAAACAAGUAAGUAAAUAAAUAAGUAAAUUAUGUACUAAUAAUUUAUAUUCUUCUUCUCAAUUAAAAUGCACUGGAGCAGCAGUGUCUUCAUGCUUAAAAUCUUAAUUUAAUAGUAAAUGUACUUAAUGCAACAAUAACAAUGUAUUAACUGAAUUAAAAGAAUGUAAAUCUUCUUGCUCAACUAACUUACGAUUUAUAGCAUCAAAUAAAAUUUGUGUAGGUAAGUGUGA